AAUUGUUUUGGCAGGUAUUGCAGCUGCGUCUCGCUUGCUCAUGUGGUAAAACGUACUCCCAGAUUCGUACGUGUACAGUUUGUGAUCAAUUUUUGUAAAUUUGUUCUGUAAUUUACUGAAUGUUAAUAGAUAACUGUUUGGACUAUAUGCGUUUUGUCCAAUUAAAAUGCUAAUUGAAUCGCAGUUGUAAAUUAUUUAAAUGUGGUAGAAAACAUUACAAAUAUGGAUAGGCACCAGGAUUUGGAGGCUGUAGUAAACUCUCAAAAAGAGCAGUUGCUGCGUUAUGAAAAACGACUAAAAGAUGUGGUUACCGCAUAUAAAGGGCUGCUGAAAGAGAAAACGGCCCUGGAAUCCAGCUUAGCUGCAUUCACCAGCAGCACCGGAAGCUUGGUUACCAAUAGUGCGGAAGGGAAGGAAGUGUCCUCACCAGCACAUAUAAAAAACACAGCCUUUAGAAAAAUCUCUACGGCUUCAGAAUCGGCUGGCGACGAAGAUGCAUUGCGAGAACAGGUUGCAACUUUGAUGAACUCUCUGGCCACCCUUACGGCUGAGAAGGGUCGGAUGGAGAUAUCGUUCAGAAACGAUCGGAAAGGUUUAAGAGAAGCAUUGGUAGAAAAAGAAAACGCUGUCCGUGAUUUGGAGGAUCAAGUUAAAGCUUUGAAUUAUACAAUCAAGACGGAUCUUGAAAAUUGCAAAGCUAAGUUAAGACAAGAUCACGAGGAAGAAUUCAAUGGCCAACUAGUAAUGAUUUGUGAGCUACAAAAACAGCUGCUUGAUGAGCGUCAUUUAAAUGAAACUUUGGAGAUGCAAUUGAGGGAUCUGAAGAUCCAGUUCAAUCAGCAAAAUACUGAUAAACGGGUUAAUGAAAUGCCGCAGGCCAUAGAUUUUGCCCGUCACAAUUCAGAACAGCUCGAAAGUUCCAAGAAAGAGAAUGCAGCGUUAUCGACCAUGUUACAUCAAUUUCAGGGAGAAAUAGAAAAUUUGAAAAGACAACAUGCCACUGCAAUUCGUUCGGAACAACGAAGGGUAAUGGUAGCAGAAGAAAGGGGUAAAAAACUCGAGGAAAUCCACGAGGAAAGGGUUGCCAAUUUAGAGGCACGCUUGGCCGAGCUGAGUGAAGUUGUUGGAACAUACGAUCGGCUGAGACAGCAGGAUCAGGAAAAUAUUUCAAAGUUGAAAGAUAAACUGUCCAAGUUGAAUUUGGAUAGCAAAGUCACGAGAAGAAUAAGUCAAGAAAGCAAUGUCGAACGAAUUGUAGAAGAAAUAGGAUAUCUGAAAAAUCUGUUACUGGCGGAGAACGACAAACUUGAUAAACCCCUGGAUCUGUCAUCAUUAUUUUCAAUUCAUUCAGUCAUAGAAGAGAAUCCCGAACGUCAGUCUGACUUGGAAGAGUUUCGUACUAUCCAGCGCAGCUACGAACAGUGUUUGAAUGAGAAUGAAGUUUUGAAAGCAAACAUCCAAAUCCAUGUUAAUAACACGAAAACAUUGCAAGAAAAAAUCAAAGUUUUGAAUAAGAAUAUAGACGAUUUAGAGGUUGAAUACAAAAAUAAACAAAUUGAAUUGAAUCAAGCAGUAAAAAUGGAAAAAAUGCGAACCCAAGAUAUGCUUACAGCGUUAGAAUCGGACUUUAAAUCAAAACUCUCUCAACUUGAGCUUCAACUUAAAAGACAACGAGAACGCUCCUUGCAGUUACUCGAAGAGAAAGAAGAAGAAAUCAAAUCACUUCGUACUUCAUUCGACAUUCUGAUGCAUGAUACCAAAAACCAUACAAACCCGGAGCAAGUGGCUAUGGAUUCCUUGGACAGUUUGCCAAUGGCCCUUUCGAAGAAAAUAAGCGCCCUCAAUUCGGUGUUCAAAAGUACCGAGCAUUCGAUGGCUGGUGCAGGUGGAAGUGGUAACCCCAGCGAUACCCAUCAUAUUUUACAUUACGCUCACGAGCUGGCUCGACGAGAAAUCGAAAUAACGGCACUACGGACGGCUAAGAAUAAUGCCGAAGCUGCCCUCCGACAGGCAUUGCACGAUAAGGUUGCCUCCCAAGAGGAAUUACACGACACGAUUGCAAAUCUCGAAGAACAAAUUGAUAGAUUGGAACGUUGUAAAUCACGCGAAGGGGCAAAUUUGGAGUAUCUCAAAAACGUGGUACUGAGCUUCCUGACCUCGCAGGACUCCGAGAGCAAGAAGCACAUGAUAAACGCCAUUGCUGCUGUACUCAAGUUUAGUGCAACCGAAUUGGCAUCGCUGCAAGGUUUGAUCGGCAACAGCACUAGUAAGCGGUAGAAUUGUCGUAGGAUGGAAAACUUUAAUAAACCGUUUGUUGUUCUGUGUAUCGUACAUUGUGUUACUCCAUAGGUUGAAUUGAAAUAUUUACCCAUGAAAAAGAACUAUUAAAAAUAAAAAAUAGGAUCAUUCCAAACCAGUAACUUUUUCAGUUCGACUCAUUCGUUAAAUGAAGAAAGGCGAUACGAAAACUAUGCUCAUCGAUACAACCUGCCAAACCUCUGGUUUCGAGGAGAUUUUUCAUUUAAAACAUAACGCAAUACCC